AUGUUUGCUCUUCCAUGGCCAAUGCAUAUUAUGAGGCCACAAGUCAUUCUCCAUUUUUGUGUUUUGUAUAUUCUACUAAAUCCUGAUUGAAAUUGUUUUAAAUAAUGGAUAUAUUUCGUAUCUUGAAUUAUGUCAUUAACAUAACUAUCAAGGACCCAAUCAAUGUCAUUUGCUCAGUAUUAUCAUCGUACAUAUUUCAGUGGAAAUUGAAAGAUCAACAGUUGAUUAGAGAAGAGUCCCAAUAAAAUAUUUUUGUAAAGAAGGAAAUCAUGUUAUUAGGCAAGAUAUGUAGUAGAGUUGAAACCAUUGAUGUAAUUUAUACCAUAUCAUUUUUGGAUUUGUUUGCUGUUGGAUUGACUUUUCCUCUCUUCGCUACAUUUUUAAGAGAUUUGGGUUCUUCACAUUCAACCAUUGGUCUCCUUUCUGCCACAUAUUCAGGCAUUCAGGUUUUGUCAGGUCCACUCAUAGGAAGCUGGAGUGACAUAAGAGACAGAAAAACUGUUUUAAAAACUACUCUCCUAAUAUGUGCCUUCUGUUAUGGUUUAUUGGGUGCGACAAAUUCGGUGGUCUGCAUCUUCUUUUUGAGGAUUGUAUUAGGUAUAGUCAAGCACACCCAAACAAUAUGCAAGGCAAUGAUAACAGAUUUAAUUCCACGAAAGAAACAAUCUGAAACAUUUGGCAAAUCUGCCUCCCUUGCUUCCUUAGGUUUUAUCAUUGGCCCCUUUGUAGGAGGAAAUUUGUCAGAAUUAAAACAUGGAUUCACUUAUGUUAGCAUAUUGACAGCCGGAAUAUUCUCAAUUAACUAUGGAAUUGCUUGCCUAUUGCCAGAGACCACCCGAAGAGAAAAAACUGAAAAUAUUUCCAUCUUGAAAAGUGUUAAGAAAGAGUUUGGUAAAACCGUAAAAGAGUUAGUUGACUGUGAUUGGCAGGAACACUGGGAUACUUUCCUGCUAAAGUUUCUCAUGGGUUUGACGAUGGGAUGUUACUUCACGAAUCAAGCCAUUUAUUUGAGAGAAACGUAUCAAAUGUCUCAAAAGCAUAUAGGAUAUAUGAUUUCAUUUUUCAGCAUGAUUGGAAUGAUUUCUGGAUUCUGUAUCAACAAAAUCAAUUCUCUAUACAAAGCAGACAGCAUAUUUACAAGACUUUGUCAUAAUUUCGCGAUAAUGACCUUCUCGUUUUUUGGUGUUUAUUUAUCACCUAAUUUAUUUGUAUUUCUUCUCCUGCUUCUUCCCCUCGCAUUUUCUGCUACUGCUCUCAGGGUAGGUAGCAUGGAGCUGAUGUUUUCAAAGUCUGAAAAAUUACAUAGAGGAUCUUUAUCAGGCACAUCCAACAGUAUUAUGUCUGUGGCCAGGUUUCUAACUCCACUUGUAACUGGUUUUACAAGUGAUAUUUUAAGCGAACAAUCUGUGAUGUUAGUAGCAGUUUUUCCUGCUAGUUUAGGUUUGUUGCUUAGUUGGUUAAUGAAAAGAAAACAUAAAAUCAUUGUUAAAAAUAAAUAAUUUUUUGUUGUUGAA